AUGGGUGCUGCAGAAAAAAUUCUAGAAAUUGAGGCGGAAAUGCGCCGGACGCAAAAAAACAAGUCCACUGAAUACCACUUGGGUCUUCUAAAGGGAAAGCUUGCGAGACUUCGUACCCAGUUACUUGAGCCUACCACGAAAGCAGGACCAAAAGGUGAAGGCUUUGAUGUAGCAAAAAGCGGAGAUGCUAGAGCUGCUUUUAUUGGAUUUCCUUCCGUCGGUAAAUCUACUCUGCUUUCUGCGAUUACAAAGACCCGAUCUGCUACUGCUAAUUAUGAGUUUACAACGUUGACUGCCAUCCCGGGUGUUUUAGAAUAUGAUGGUGCUGAAAUUCAAAUGUUAGAUCUUCCUGGUAUUAUCGAAGGUGCCUCUCAAGGAAGAGGUGGUCGCCAAGCAGUUUCUGCCGCAAGAACAGCUGAUUUGAUUCUUAUGGUGUUGGAUGCCACAAAAGCUGCAGACCAACGUGAAAAAAUCGAGUACGAGCUUGAACAAGUGGGCGUACGACUCAAUAAAAGGAGACCAGACGUUACCAUUAAUUAUAAAAAGAACGGUGGCAUCAAAUUCAACCAUACAGUUCCUUUGACCCAUAUGGAUUUUAAGAUGGCUUUUAACAUUCUUCAUGAAUACAAACUUCACAAUGCUGACAUUUUGAUUCGUGAAGAUAUUACUGUGGAUGACUUUAUUGAUGUGGUUAUGGGAAAUAGAAGAUACCUAAAUUGUCUUUAUUGCUACAGUAAAAUCGAUGCUGUCUCUUUAGAAGAAGUUGAUAGACUAGCCCGUUUGCCCAAAUCCGUCGUUAUUAGUUGUAACUUGAGAUUGAAUCUGGAUUUCCUGAAGCAAAGAAUUUGGGAGGAACUCAGCCUUAACAGAAUUUAUACUAAACGGAAGGGUGAAUUUCCUGACUUUAGUGAAGCUUUGAUCGUCCGUAAAGGCUCAAAUAUUGAACAAGUUUGCAAUCGAAUUCACAGAAGCUUGGCCGAGCAACUUAAAUACGCUUUGGUAUGGGGAAGUUCCGCGAAACAUAGCCCUCAGUUGGUUGGUCUCAGUCAUUGUGUACAAGAAGGAGACGUGGUUACAAUUGUUACAAAGUGA